AAAAGCCCAAAUGUGAGUUCGGUUUGGUCACCGCCAAGAAAUAUAGAGAGAGGUCUUCGUUCAACUCCUCUCUCUCUCGAGCUCUCCACCGUCUCCAGUUAACAUGCCUCAAGAUCUUCCUGGGUUUUAUUAUGAUGCGGAGAAGAACAGGUACUUCCCCUGCAAGGGUCCAAUACCUGGUUCUGCUUCUGCUUCUUCUUCUAAAUCUUCUACCAAGCCAAUAACCAAGGAGAUAAAGUUAAGUAGGAAAAAUGAAGUAAGAACUUCUAAGCUGCUUCAAGUUAGAGAGUUAUUUGGUAAUCUCAUUUCUUUAAAUAAAGGAAAGUGCAACUUUAAGGAGGAAUUCAGGAAAACUCGAGCAUCAGAUCCAAAGGUUUGGAAAUAUUUCAGAACAGAGAAGAUAGGUGAUUCUGCUUUGGAACGGAUACAUGUUGAUGUGCAAUUGUCAGAGGGUCAAACCAAAACUGAUGUUUUAUUGGCAGGCGGGAUAAAUGGAUCUCUAAGUUUUUCUGAUGUGGGAAACGUUCGACAGCAAUUUGAUCAUGGUCUACAAAGCGUUCCUUACUGCGUGUGGCCUAUCACUAGAGGAGAUGAAACUAAGCGUAGUGGGUCCCCUGAACAUAUUUGGAGAGGAUCAGGAGCUUCAUUACAAAUGUCAUCUAAUAUAUCAUGCAUAAAAACUUUGAGAAAGAACUCUUCUUCCACCAUGGAAGAUGGUGGCAGUAUCCAGCAUGCAAUGAUAUCCACUUUGGGAUCAGAGAGACAUGGCGGAUCUCUUUGUAUUAUUGAUCUAAGUGAACCCUUGGAUUUUGAUCAAUCAGCCCUUUUCAUAAGACGGAGGAUACAAGAGAUUGCAAAUUUUAAUUGUACCAUAUGGACUGCAGAUUGUGGAUCUAAUGAAAAUCGAGUAGUGAUUGGAACCGAUAUGGGGGCUGCUUUGGUAGAUCCAGAAACAGGAGCGACAUCAUGGGUGUUACGCAGUAAAAGUGAUGUUUUGGCACAACAACUUGUUCACUCGGGAAAUGUUGUUUUGUGUGGACUUAGAAAUGGAGCAGUUAUUUCUGUUGAUGUUCGUGAGAAACGGGAAGGAUCUGGUAGGCUUGUCAGACAUAGAAUUUCACAAUUGCCUUUGGAUAACAGUGCCAGAAAUUCAAACAAACGAUGGUUUAAGCUUUCUGGAAAUUUACAUCCUUCUCACACAAUUCAAUUGCCUUCAUCAAUCUCCAGUUUGUUAUCACUUCAAUAUGAUGAUCAAUACUUCUUGGCAAGCUCCAUGGACGGAUCGGUAAAGCUUUACGACCAUCGCCUUUGCCAGAGAGGUGCUGUACAAUCAUACGAGGGACAUGUUAAUUCUCACACUCGCAUACAGCUCGGGGUUGAUCCAUCCGAGAGAUUCGUAAUGUCAGGAGGAGAAGACUGCUACUUACGCCUUUGGAGUAUCAAGUCUGGUGAACUUCUUUUUCAAGAUAAAUUCUCAAACACCAUCCUCUCAACCGUGUCCUGGCAGAGGAGAGAAGUCAUAGAACUGGAGCCCUCCAUGGGACUCACAGAUGAAACAAAAACCUUUACAGGGUACCAUGAUGAGCAGAGUUCUAGCAUAGGGGCAUCAGCAUGGCUUGGAUCACAGGAAGGACUGUUUUUAAUGCAAUGGUCAUAAUUGUAAAAGCUCAAGAGAUUAACUCGACAACGUUUGCCGCCAUCAUCGAGUCGAGAAAAGCGGACUCGUUCUGGGCUAGUGCAGGAAGCUAGGAAAUUUUUUCUACUGAUGUUUUUUGUCAAUGGCAAUGGCCAAAGCACAGAUGAAAAGUAUGGUGGUGGGGUGGGUAGAUCACCAGCAGUAAAAGAGUACUGCAUAGAUCAUUACAAUAGGAAAUAGUUUUUUUUUUUUUUUUUGUAAUUUCUUAAUGUUCAGUCAGUUUUAGUUGAGUAAAGGGUAGUGAUUUUGUAAAGGAUUUUUUUUUUCUGAUUCAAUUUCUUUUUUAUUUUGUUAAGAAAUUGUGUAUUCUAGGGAGGAAUAAACUGUUUAUUAUUUUAUUGUCACCUCUAUAAUUUAAACGACAAAAAAAAUGAUGUGUCA